AUGGCUGUUAUUCAACAACUCUUUAAGUAUAUAGAAGUUGAUUUUCGUCGAAAUUAUCCACACUUAGGAACUAAAGCCGCGGGAUUUCAACAUUGGUGGAUUAAUCGAAACGGGGAUUUAAUGGGAAUAACUAAGUGUAUUGAUAUGUAUAUUUAUUUAUGUGAUUCAAAACAUUAUCCGUUGUCAAUAAAUAAUAUUCAAUUAAAGCCUAUAUUACCAAAACAUUUACCUGUGCAACUUUCAGUACUGAUAAAAUUUGUUGAUAAUUAUAUUUCAGUUGACGAAGUUAAGACUGAAUUAGAAGGUCAAUUCACAAAAAUUUUUGCUAUUGUUGACAUCUUUGGAAGCAAAAAUAUGAGAAAUAGACAUGUACGAAUGGAUCUAGCGUCAAAAAGUGAAUAUGAAAAUAUACUAAACUCAAGCAAAGUUUCAAUUUUUGGACAAUUGUAUGAUGCCUACGAGUUUCUCUCACCACAAAAAUUCUUAAUAUGCUCGAAAUGUAACUCACCCGGGCAUACGAAGAAAAACUGUAUAUGUGACAUUGAAGUUUGUCGACGAUGUGGCAGUGAUCGUUUAAACGGUGAUCAUAUCAACUGUAUAAUAAAAUGUCAUCACUGUGAAGGUGCGCAUCUGUCGACGAAUUAUGUAUGUCCAAUUCUAACUCAAUAUAGAAAAGAUCUAGUAGCUGAGUUAAAACGAAGACCAGAUCUGAUUCCAGAAGAUGUGCAACUCUUUAUCCCAGGUGAAUAUCGAGUGAACGACAAAAACAACAGAAUUUUAGGAAAUAAUAAUAAUAACAAUUUGAAACAACAAAAAUUGCAGGAAUACAAUAAUUAUACGAAUAUAAAUCCUUGGAUGAGUGGUAAUUCAGCACUCACGAUUCCAACAUAUAAACAACAUCAAGAGUUUAGUUUGAAAAUGAAAUUGAUAAAUGAUGAAUUAGAGGAAAUAAAACGUGAACAUGCGAAAGACAAAAUAUCAUUUAAACGGAGAUACGACAACCAAUUAAAGAAAACAAAUGAGGAAAUUGAUAUAUUAAAAACACAAAUCAAAAUACAAAAUGAAAUGGUUAAAGACAUGUACACCGCAGUUAUUGAAAUUGUACCAGCUAUACAUCAGACAAUAAUAGCACUGGGUAGAGUAAUUGAAAUGGACAAUAGUGAUAAUGACAACGAAAGUAUUCAAUUAAAUUAUAAUAAAAUACUUCAUGAACUAUCAAAAACAUCAGAAAUGGUACUCGAUCGUACCGAUCUACUUCAAAAACAUCAUGAAAAGUUAAUGGGUGU